UAGUCGUAGUUACAUUUUAAUACAUACGAUUAUAUAAAAAAUAUAAAUUGAAAAUUUAUCCAUUGAAAGUUGCCGUACUGCUUAAAUAACUCGAGAUAAAAUUGAAGGAUAUGAGUGAAAGUUGAAACGAGAGCGUGGUGGGAUCAGAGGUAUUAUUACCGGCAUUGCUUCUCAGUCUACUGCAGUCUUGCUUUUGCAUUCCUACAAAAUACUUCAUAUAUGGCGUUAAACUUAAAUGUACCUCUGCCAACUGGGCAAACAAUACCCAUUUUGGGGUUUGGAACUUGGAAUGCAAGUGAAGAGGAGGUUGAAACAGCUAUAGAUAUAGCUUUGGAAGCAGGAUAUAGGCAUAUAGAUACAGCUACUGUAUAUGAAAACGAGCGUGCUAUUGGUAAUGUUCUGAAAAAAUGGUUGGAUUCAGGUAAAAUCAGUCGAUCUGAGCUUUUUAUUGUAACAAAGGUCCCACCUUGUGGUAUCAGAUCAGAAGACAUAGAAAAAUGGAUAAAAAAAUCACUUUGUAACUUGCAAUUGACCUAUUUGGAUUUAUAUUUGGUACAUGUUCCGUUUACGUUUAAAAGUGCUGAAGGAGAAUUAUAUUCUUAUAAUGAAGAAGGAGAAAUAAUAAUUGAUACCAGCACAGAUCACUUAAAAGUAUGGUCAGCAAUGGAGAAACAAGUGCUAGAAGGGCGUACCAAAGCAAUUGGAUUGUCAAACUUUAACAUUUCUCAGAUAAAUAAGAUUUUGGCUAAUGCCAAAUUGCCUAUCUCAAAUUUGCAAAUUGAAUUGCAUGUAUAUUUCCAACAGAGGAAUUUGGUGGAAUUUUGUCAAGACAAUAAUAUUACAGUAACAGCAUAUGCACCUUUGGGCUCACGUGGAUUUGUCAAUCAAAUAGGAAAAGGAAACAUUGUGCCAGAUCCAUUGAAAAAUUGUGUUGUGUUAGAAAUAGCAGAAAAGUACGAGAAAACUCCUGCUCAAAUAUUACUCAGACAUAUUAUUCAGAAAGGUAUAAUAGCCAUCCCAAAAAGUAUAAAUCCUAAAAGAAUUGAACAGAACAUAGAACUAUUCGACUGGGAACUUCAACAUGAAGAUAUGAUUAAAUUAAACAAUCUUGACACAGAAGAAUUUGGCCGAAUUUGUGAUUUUGGGUUUUUUAAAGGUGUCACUAAACAUCCAGAAUUUCCUUUCUAAAAAUAUGUUGUUAACCUUUAGACUGCUAGGAUAGCCACUUUUGUGACUUUCGAGUUUGGGUUAAAAUACUAUUGUUUUUAGUAUUUUAAAUAUUAAAUGUAUUAAAAAUAUAUGUGUGUAUGUAGCCUACGCAA